AUGCCAGCGGACAGCAGGAUAUCUGCUGUCGAAUUUGGUGGCGUUGAAACGACGGAGCGCGCACCAGAAAACGGUUUACGCCAUGUCCGCAACCGCAACUCGAAAAACCUGUUUCUGAGCAUCGACAACUCGACAAAGCAGAGGGCUGAGGAGCUGAACACGACCGGGUGCGACCCUCAGGCCCCGCAGCCGCCCCUGCUGCAGCUCCAGGACGCGUGCUCGAUCGGAGGACGCAAACACGCACGCAGCGAAGCCCAUAUCUUCUCUCUUUCCAACGUGCUCAACAGCUCAGCCGCGUCGGCUGGCAAUCACGAGCCUAAGUCGGUGGUCAACCGUCUCAAGAGAGGCAUGUCAUUGCCUCUACAGCUAAAAACGCCCUUUGCCCCCCACAACAACUCCGACAGCAUCGGUGUACCGAGCAUGGCGUGGGAAUCGUCGCCAAUAGAGGCCCAGCGCUUGUCUCUAGAGUCUGUUUCUGAGCGUGGCCUGCGGCAAACCGUAAACUCAAAAUCCUGGGCCCGCCACAGAACGACCCGGUCUUUCACCUCGUCGUUGAACGACAACGGUGGACCUUACGGCUACGGCGAGGGCUGCAACACGAGCAACGCGUAUCCCAAUGGACCCUUGCUGGUUUACGGUUCAUUUCUGUAUCUAUGCUCUGAGCCUUCUUUGAAAGAAGUCGAGAGUUUUGAUGUGACGCUAAACGUUGCCCAAGAGAUCACAGACCUCAGGUUGCAUCUGCCACUUGCCAAACAAGACAGCUACCACCAUAUCGACUGGAUUCAUACUUCGAAAAUCUGUGCUGAUUUGCCCCGGCUAACACAGAUAAUACAUCAGGCCGUCGAGUGCAAACAAACAGUGCUAGUGCAUUGCCAAUGCGGAGUCUCUCGCUCUGCUUCAUUGAUCGUGGCCUACAUAAUGCGCUACGAAAUACUUCCUCUCCAUGAUGCAUACAACAAGCUUAAAUCGGUCGCUAAGGACAUAAGCCCGAACAUGAGUUUGAUAUUCCAGCUCAUGGAGUGGGGUGAGAUGCUCACCACCCAAAAAAAAGCAGACUCACAGCCAGCACAAAAUGCUCCAGAAGUGGACGCUUACAACCGGCCGGACUUGGCGCCUUUGGAGAUCUCAAAAAUAAUUUCCCACCAGGACUCCCAAGACCUCACGAAGGGCACUUCUGCAAGUCCCGACUGCUCUAACAUUUCCGCCGAAAAUACGCCAUGCACUCCCAACGAGUUCUUCGACUGUGAUCGAAUACCUUUCAACAGUUCAGGCACUGCUAAGGAUCCCAACUCUACUGGACAUUUGUUAUCGGGUCCCACAGAGUACUCCUGUAUUUUCGAUUCAUACGCCACUUCUGCUGUUGAGAAUUGCAACAAGCCUCAUGUGGGCUGGGAUUAA